CUCCAUCCAGCUGCAGCGCAGCCUCGCUCUGCCCGUCGCCGUCGUCGUCGCCGUUGCGCCCCUCCCGACAGUUGCCCUCGCGCCCGGCUCGUAGCGACGAUCCCGUUUGCGCUUGAGUUAGCAGGCGCCUGACAUUCUCACCCCUACACUUUGUUCUCCUUUUACGGCCCGGUCUUUCGACCAUCCUAAUAAAUAUUCAAUGGACCCUUCUCCCUUCGCUGCUGCCGGUCGCUCAUCCUCCCUCCCCACCAACUCUACAUCCGGAAAACGCACGAUGCUCUCCUUCCCCUCCUCUCCAAGAGACAACACAGCCGUAGCAGGAGAUGCGCCCAUCACACCUCCCAUGACGCCCGCAUCUAGUGACAUACCCACUGAUGAAGCCGAGUCGGAGGAUGGUCAGCCAGACCAGCGCCCCGUCAUUCCCGUCCAAUCCGAUGCAGAAGGCACGGACGCCUACAUGGAGAGCGAUGACGGAUCUAAUCUGGCCCCUCACUCCCCUCCGAGACCUCCCCUUCGUAAAUUGGAGAACGAGCAGGAGCACAUACAUCCCUAUUUGAAGUUGACCGACUUCGAGGUCAAGGGGACACUAGGUACUGGUACCUUCGGUCGCGUCCUCCUUGUCCGGCUCCGCACCGCACCCAGUGACGCUCGCGCCACAAAUUGCUUCGCGAUGAAAGUUCUUCGCAAAACAGAAGUCAUCCGUCUCCGCCAGGUCGAACAUGUGAAGGCGGAGAGACAUAUUCUAUCCCGCGUCCGUCAUCCCUUCAUCGUCGACCUGUAUGCCACGUUCCAGGACAGCCUCAACAUCUACAUGCUCCUGUCCUACGUUCCUGGUGGCGAGCUGUUCACCCAUCUCCGUCGUGCUGGUCGCUUCACAGCGGAUGUCACCCGCUUCUACCUCGCCACCAUUGUCCUUGCACUCAAGUACCUACAUUCCUUCAACAUCAUCUAUCGCGACCUCAAGCCAGAGAACCUCCUCCUCGACUCGCGCGGUUACCUCCGACUCACCGACUUUGGAUUUGCAAAGAUCGUCGAUGACCGUACUUGGACGUUGUGUGGCACCCCCGAAUACCUAGCUCCCGAGAUCAUCCAGUCCGAUGGACACGGAAAACCUGCGGACUGGUGGGCAUGCGGCAUUUUGGCGUACGAGAUGAUGGUUGGCUAUCCACCGUUCUUUGAUGAGAACGCGUACGGUAUCUACGAGAAGAUCCUAAAGGGCAAAGUGCACUGGCCCAAGGAGAUGGACCCACUUUCAAGAGAUCUGAUCAAGGGAUUUUUACAUCCUGAUCGCAGCAAGCGACUUGGGAAUCUGAUCGCGGGGCCACAGGACGUUUUGGAGCACAUGUGGUUCCGUGGGGUAGAUUGGGAUGCCUUGGAGCGUCGAGAUAUCCGAGCUCCCAUCGUCCCCCAAGUCACAUCGUUGGACGAUACACGAUACUUCACCCGUCUACCCCUCCCACCACCCGAAGACGUCCCUGGUCUUCUCCGAGAGGAGAGGAAUCCACCGUUGCAUGAACGCUUCGACAUGAUUGGCUUCCAGUUUGGCGAAUUCUGAUUUUUUUUUCGGGACCGCCAACAUCGCAUCCCUCUUGUAGCUAUUUUGAUAUCCCUCGUUGUUCCUUUGCUUUUCCCUCUGGCUCUAUUUAUUGGGUCCAUAUAUUGCUCUGCUUUGCACAUUCGCUCACUAACUAGUUAUAAUCGUCAUCUACUCUCGCUUGUCUGCCUAUUGUCUGUGCUUCUCAUUCGGUCUCUUUCUCGCGUCUCCCCAGCUCUAUCGUACACACCCUGCCCUCCUACCGUCUCUCAUCUUCUAGGUUCUCGCUCUAUACAAAUAGCCCAUCUCCUUGGUUCGGACCACGUUCGCUCACCCUCCCUAAUCGUUUGUCUUCUUCACUCAUCGUAUUUUGGAAUCCUGUUUCCUAAGGAGCUGUAUCUACCAACCAAUUGUGCUCUUUUCCUGCCCAGUCAUUUCUAACAGAACGAUCGCAACAUAUACAUAUACACACAUCACCAUCAUCAUCUUGUUCUAGUUCCAGUUCAUACCAGCGUCCCCUCAUUAUCCAUAUACCGACCAGUGUAGCCCAGUUCUCGCCCGUGAUUUCCCUCGUUUCUUUCUUUCGAUCGUUGCCGUUGUCCUUCUCAUCUGAUCAUCCGUCCGUCUGACUAACCUAUCUAUCUAUUUGAAUCUCCCUUUUGGCUCUCUGGUUCUUGUUGGUUGUCUUAUAAUGUCUCUACUGCUAGCGCUGUUUGUGUCGACUGAACCCGUCCGUCUUGUUACAAGUCCUUCAUGCAUCCCAAACACACUCUUUACUACUGUCUGGCCGUCGUCUGUUUGUCUGUGCUCCUGUCCAUACCACUUGUUUUUGAGUACUGAUUCGGAUUUUGGACUCUCCCGGUCACUUCCACCCUCUCUCGGUCUUGAUAUUUUCGUUUGUCCCAGCGUCUUUCGCUCGCUUGUCUACUCCGACAGACUGGGCUUUUUCGUUCAUAUACUCAAGUACAUACGGUACUUACGAG